AUGAAUAGAUCAUUGAACGGAACUCCUGUCUCAAUUGCUGAUAUACAGGCAUCUCCAGCAUACUUUGCAGACCUCCCAGAUCCUGCAUUAUUAGCACACGAGCAGGAUCCCCAAAUUCCAGUUCUCUUCAAGAGCCUCCUGAAACGAGAUGCAAUUACCCGCGAACGAGCUCUCUCAGAUUUAGCCACUGCCAUCAAGGCUUCCUCAAAACCUUCUCUUGAACUAUUAGCAUCAUGGACCCAGAUCCACGCAAAACUUGCUCUCGAUGUAUCCCCAGCAAUCAGAGCAACAACCCACCGCAUCCACCACCUUCUCUUUGCCGCCGCUCUUAAACCUGACUCAAGCUCCGACCUUAAAAAAUAUAAAACAACCGUCGCUAAACUCCUCAGAAUCUCUGCAGGAACUUGGGCAAUCUCUCUCCAUGAUACAGAUCGUGCUGCCGCAGCAGAAGCUCGUGCGGCUCUAGAUGCAUUAUUCCCAGUAGCAGGUGGCAAACAAGACGCCUUUUUCGGACCAUAUGCUGGGGCAUCUAUCCUGGCUUACGCACAAGACAUUCUUCUCCAUCAAUCCACAGAAUCCCUUUCAGAUACACGAUUCGUCACUUUGGAAGACGCCCGAAGCAAACGCGAACGUGCUGUUCGUGGAGCAAUUUAUGCAAUAGCUGCUCUAGUAGACCGCCACGAUUUUCUCACAGGCGAUGCUAACGAUACAUUUCUUCAAUUGGUCAGCGAUAGUGCAUUCUGGAAACUCGUAGAUUCCUCGGGACCCAUUGCUGGUCGUGCAGUUCUCAAUGCAUUGCCUAAAAUUAUCAAGGGGAUCCCGAUUGACGUUCUCGUUGACCGACAAAAAGACAUCUUUUCGGCUUUUAUCAAAAAACCAUUAAACGAUUCCCCUGAAACUUCAUCAUCCUUUUCGCCAACAGAAAUCAUGCAAGCUCUUUUGGGUCUUACCCAAAUAUACCCGACUAUUUGGGCCUAUUCUUCAGAUAAGAAAAAGUCUAAAGAUGAGUCUAAACUUAGUUCAAAGGCUGGCGUCUCAUACCUCGCUAAAUAUAUUAAAAAAGUCACUGAAAAGUCGGCACCUUCUCCACAAUUUUGGCACACAUUCAUGGCCUUGCUCUUUCAAAUCCCAGAUCCAUUUUCCCCAUUUUUGCAAUCAGACUCCCCCAUUGCGCUUCAAUCCAGUGAAGCUCUACUCAAUGCAGUCAAGACUGCUGUUCUUACUCUGCCUCUUUAUUCUCCACCAAAAGCAGCUCUUCGUGGAACUCCCGCAGAUGAGCAAUCACCAGCAGCUCACGCAUGGUCAUUUUACUUUGCACUUGUUGAAAAAGUAACACAUUCUGAAUAUUUCCCAGACCAACGAAAACAAGCAGUUAAGGAUUCUUUGACUGCUUUUAACCAAGCUCUAUCUACCGUUACUUCUGCAUCUACAGCAGUCCCACAUACCAUUAUCCCCGUAGCCCAGCGGAUUGCUAAUUCUUUAUUCAAAACAUGGCAAGAUGUUGUUCUCGAGCAACUCAAGAAAUCCGUCCAAUCAUCUAAGGAUGCCUCGGAACAGGUUCGUCAAUCAAUUUCUGGCUACCUCAUUGGUCUUGCUUCACAGGAAUCGUCGGAUCUUAAUUCAAUUAUUGUUGAUUACGCAACUACUCUUCUCAAGUCAAAUAGCAAAGCCCUCGAACCUCUUCUUAAACAGUUCCCGGAUUUGCUUGCAUCAAGCUUGCAAACGGACCUAGAGGUUCUCGCAAAUACAUUUUUCACCACAGGCUUUGCUGAGGCUUCUGCAGAUGACCAAGUCCCCGUCAUUCGUGCAGCCCUUACUACAGCCCAUAUCAAUGUUUCCCCAUCUUUAGCCAGCUCUCGCCUUGUCGCCCUUUCUCAUGCUCCUACUCCAGAAUUUUACCGUGCAGCAACUUGCAUCUUUUCUUUCCACGAUUCCCUAUCUUCUUUAGACUCUUCAUGUGCCGAGUUGGCUUCAGCUGUUUCCACAGCCCUUUUAGCUUGGAUCCAGAAUCCAGCUUCUCAUGAAUCACUUGCUCUUGAAACAAUCUCCACUGUUGUACUGGCCCAUGAUAAAAUCAGCACCUCAGCCGAGGCUCACGCUCUUGUCGAUGCACUUGUCAGCAGACUCAUUGAUUUCGAACAGGAACAAAGUAACCCGAAAUUAUGCACAAAAAUCAUUACUUCCCUGACAGACCUGCGUCGCGCCGAUGCGCCAUUCAUGCUCGACUAUGCUCAAUCCACUCAGGGUAAGGCCACUCUCGCUCGAUUGUGGCGCCUGGCAGAAACUGAUACCCAGUCUGCCACAGAAAACUCAACUACCAUCGAGUCACUUAUUGCACAGCUUGACUUUUUCUCGUUUGUGUCUGCUCCAGACUAUGCCAUGUCGAGUGAGGUACUCCUCAAAGUGGCUGCCGAUCUGCGAACAGAAGCCGUUGCAGCACCGGGUCUUGAUCUCGGUAUCGUGGUCCAGCGUGCUGCUGGGCUUGUUGAACAAGCUCCAGAAACAUUGGCUCUUAGUGCAUUUGAGGGGCUCUUGUUCCCGCAAGAGUCCUGGGACAAUGAUGCACUUGCGCCUAUUCUAGCAACAGGUGUCCAUGCCAAGCUACGUAUUUCACAAACAUUUAGCGGCGCGAUUUUGCAGCUUGAUGAGGGCGCUAUUUCUAAUCAACUUGCCAGCGUUGCGGAUCUUACUAAACUGGUCAACAUGGCAACUUUUGCUUCUAGUCUGGUUAAUACUUUCCCGGAACUUUACGCAAAAGCUGCCCCGACAGUCCAGCAAGCUACCACCCAUGGUGUGUAUUUGGCUGAUGCUGUGUUGAGAAUCUACAGCGCUCUCACUCUCCCGUCUACAGGCCUUGUAGAUGUUAUUCCUGCAGUCUUAAAGGACGCUGAUCAAUUCAAGAACUCCGUUGAGUCCCAAAUUGACAUUGAAACGCUCCUCGACGUUAUUUCGCCCAAGCCCACUAAGGAAGAUCUUGGACCUCUGUUGCUUGUCAUCAAGUCUCUUUGGACUGAAGCUGCCGGUGACGAUGCUCACGCCUUUUACGCUUAUGUUGUUUUGGAAUCUUUCCUUGCCACCACGCUGACGCGUGAGCCUACGAUUGACCCCACGCUGCUCAAAAAGCUUGUCCCAAUGACUAUUAAAAAUAAACUCGGCGUUUUGGCUCUCCUCCAGGCCCUUGCAAACAGCUCUUCUGAACUUGUAUCGAAAUCAUUUGUUGUUCUCCGCAACAACCUCGUCGGUGAUCUUAUCACGGGACCCACUGCACAGAUGCACGAGAAGCGUGGCAUUUACAAUCUUUCCUUGCUUGCUUUAGCUCUUUAUACUCCUUCUGGAAAUACACCCAAUGUCGGUGUGCCUGCAUUCAAACUCACUAAUCUUAUCACUCGCGCUGCUACGCUUUUUGACGACGUUUACGAUUCUGAGUAUGCUCCAUUUGUCAUCCAACUUGGUCGUCUUCUUGUUGCUUUGGCUUCCAGUUUCCCUGCCAGCGAACUCCCCACAGAAUCCUUUUGGGGUCCUGUCAGCGAGUUUAUUGGCGCAGCCAUCACUGCGGCUUCUGCCAAUGUGGGCUCCGAAGAUGAAGACGAGACUUAUUAUGCACACGCCAUUUUAGGUUCUUCUUUUGCACUGGCAAAUGCCUUUAUGAGUGUUUACAGUGAGAUUGAGUCGAGUGAUAUUGACGAAAACAUGGAAUCCGCAUACACUUUGUUUUUGGAUACCAUUACUGUUUUCUACGAAAAUGAACAGCGCAACAGAUCCCUUGAUUCACUCGAUCUGGAGUUUUCACAGCCUUUGUUAGAAUUUGUCACUAUCCAAACUGAGCGCCAAUCCUCAAGACUUUCGAAAACUCUGGCCGGAGAUGCCGUUGAAGCUUCUGCGUUUUACCCCAUGUUUGCAAGUGCCAAUCCCAACUUACAGCAGCUUGGUCUUGUUGUUGUAUCAAUGCGUGUGCGUGCACUCCAAAAGGACCGCGCUUUGGCUUUUGCCACUAUCCCGCGACCCACUCCUGAGGAAAUUGAAGCAAACCUGCUUCCAAUUGAGUUACUCUCUCUUGCCACUCUUCCCUUUGGUCUUUCUUCUCGCAAGACUAUUUCAUUGGACUCUAAAGACGCACGCCAAUACCUCUUUGCAUGGUACAUCAUUUUCCAAUACUUUGACGAGUCCGUUUUCUCUCUCUGCAAAUUAUUCCUCGAACAACUUGCUGAAAGCGAAAGCGUUCUGGCACUGCUUGGCUUUGUAGCACAAAACCUGGGUUCCCUCCAGCGUGGACCUGAAAAAUCUUGGGAUAUUACCACUUUUGAUGUCCAUGUGCAAAUCUCUGCUAACCGCUCUCGCCUUUUGCUCUGGCACAUUUUGUUCCAAGCUUUGAACCAUUCCGGCUUUGUGUGCAAAACAUGGUUCAACACGCGGUUGUCUCAUGGUCUCAAGAAAGAUGCCAAAAAUGUUAUUGGAACUUACAUCUCACCUUUGCUCAUUAAAACAGAAGUUGCCGGUGUACGCAAAUACACUGAACAACUCAAGGCGCGUGGUGAUGACGAUGAGGACGGAGUACUCGAGGGCACUGAGAUUUCAGUUUCCCGUAACAACAAGACAAUCACGUUACAACUUCUUUUUGAAUCUGAGGCCAUUGAAGCUGCUUUUGUUUUCCCAGACGAGUACCCGCUCCAGGACGUGCGGUUCGAGGGUCUCCAGCGUCUUGGUGUUCCUGAGCGCCAGUGGCGCGCUUGGAUUCUGUUUUCACAAACAAUGCUGCUCAAUCAUACGGGCACUAUUGCGACUGCCAUUGAACUUUUUAAGCGGAACGUUGGAAUGUACUUUGCUGGUUUCACCGAGUGUGCAAUCUGCUAUACGAUUCUGCAGGAAGACAAGUCUUUGCCUACACGAGAGUGUGCUACGUGUCACAAUAAGUUCCACGGCUUGUGUUUAUCGCGCUGGUUUAAGAGCGGCAACACAGAUUCGUGUCCCUUGUGUCGCACUGAGCACGCUUUUAAAUAA